CCGAAGCUAGCUAACCUCCCCCGGGGAGAAGUGGCUCCCGGUCCGGUGUAACCUAGCCGAACCCACCGCUGAACUCUCGAACUUAAACCAACGAACCCAAACAUUCCGAAGUUGUGAGUGACUCAACUUCCUUGAACCUGUUCAGGUUUUUUUUUUCCAAACUCCAAUUGUUUUUAGUGUUAUUUCCUGGACACCAUGCCCUCCUCCAUGGCCGGGCCCGGCAGGAGGCUCCCUCCUCGGGGGCUGCUCCUGCUGGUGGUCCUGGUUCUCCUGGAGGGAUCCGUGCUGCCCCUCGGAGUCGCCGGCUCUCCGGAUGUCACUCCCCCGGAACACGGAGGCGGCCACAAGGCUUCGGACGUGGAACACAACCACACCAAGAAGGCUUUCCCGGUGCUCAGCCUCGACUACCCUCACAUUCAGCUCCCAUUCGAAAUCGCACUAUGGGUGCUGCUGGCGUCUUUAAUGAAACUAGGGUUCCACCUGAUUCCUCGUCUGUCCAGCAUUGUGCCCGAAAGCUGCCUGUUGAUUGUGGUGGGCCUGCUGGUGGGGGGGCUCAUCAAACUGGCCGGAGAGGAGGUCCCACCAUUGCUGAACUCCAAGUUGUUCUUCCUCUGCCUCCUUCCGCCCAUCAUCCUGGACGCCGGCUACUUCCUGCCCAUCCGCCCUUUCAUGGAGAACCUGGGCACGAUCCUGAUGUUCGCCGUGGUGGGCACCCUGUGGAACGCCUUCUUCAUCGGGGGGCUCCUGUACGGCGUCUGUCAGAUCCAGCCCGAGCUCUCGCCCCUCCACUCGAUAGAGCUGCUGCCUUGCCUGCUGUUCGCCUCCAUCAUCUCAGCCGUGGAUCCCGUGGCCGUGCUCGCUGUGUUUGAGGAGAUCCACAUCAACGAGCUGCUGCACAUCCUGGUGUUCGGCGAGUCGCUGCUGAACGACGCCGUCACUGUGGUGCUGUACCACCUGUUUGAGGAGUACACAGCCGCUGGGACAGUGACGGUGGUCGAUUGCAUACUUGGAAUUAUCUCCUUCCUGGUAGUGGCGUUGGGGGGGGUUCUAGUGGGAGCCAUCUACGGCUUCCUGGCUGCCCUGACCUCGCGCUUCACCUCCCACGUGCGUGUCAUCGAGCCACUGUUUGUCUUUGUGUACAGCUACAUGGCCUACCUGUCGGCGGAGAUGUUCCACCUCUCGGGCAUCAUGGCGUUGAUCGCGUGUGGAGCGGUGAUGAGGCCCUACGUGGAGGCCAACAUAUCCCACAAGUCCCACACCACCAUCAAGUACUUCCUGAAGAUGUGGAGCAGCGUCAGCGAGACGCUCAUCUUCAUCUUCCUGGGCGUGGCCACGGUGGACGGACCCCACUACUGGAACUGGACCUUCGUCACCGUCACCGUCGUCCUGUGUCUGGUGGCUCGGGUCAUAGGUGUGGUUGGCUUGACCUUCAUCAUCAACAAGUUCCGCAUCGUCAAGCUUACCACCAAGGACCAGUUCAUUAUAGCCUACGGUGGCCUGCGAGGUGCCAUCGCCUUCUCCCUGGGCUACCUGCUGGACAACGAACUCUUCCCCAUGAGAAAGAUGUUCCUCACGGCCAUCAUCACCGUGAUCUUCUUCACAGUCUUCGUACAGGGCAUGACCAUCAAACCGCUGGUGGAGCUUCUGGCAGUGAAGAAGAAGCAAGAGGCCAAGCGCACGAUUAAUGAGGAAAUCCACACCCAGUUCCUCGACCACCUCCUGACCGGAAUUGAGGACAUCUGUGGACACUAUGGACACCACCACUGGAAGGACAAACUGAACCGCUUCAACAAGAAGUAUGUGAAGAAGUUCCUGAUUGCCGGCGAGCGCUCCAAGGAGCCACAGCUCAUCGCCUUCUAUCACAAGAUGGAGUUUAAACAGGCCAUUGAGCAGGUGGAGAGCGGCGGGGGAGUCAAGAUGCCAGCUGCUGUUCCCUCCACCGUCUCCAUGCAGAACAUUCAGCCCAAGAAGCCUCCUCCUCCCAAGACUGGGGACCGAGCCAUGCCGGCGCUGCCUAAGGGCCGAGAGGAGGAGAUCAGGAAGAUCCUGAGGAGCAACCUCCAGAAGACACGACAGAGGCUGCGCUCCUACAACAGACACACUCUGGUGGCUGAUCCGUUUGAAGAUGGAUUCAGUGACCUGCUCAUCAAGAAGCAGAAGAUGAUUGAGCUGGAGAAGAAGAUAAAAGAGAUGAAUAACUACCUGACGGUGCCGGCUGCUCCUCCCGACUCGCCGACAAUGUGUCGAGCCCGACUCGCCUCAGGGAGAAACACAGAUUUCACUCCUGCUCAGCAGCAGAAAGGGAACAGACCCGGUGCAGACCCGCAGGCCUACAGCAUGAAGCCAGAGUCGGGCAGCGUGCCGAGCAUCCAGGUGGACCUGGCCUCCCCUCAGUCUCCAGACUCUGUCAACGUGAUGGAUGAGUUCAGACGGGCCAAGCGGGAGGAGGAGGAAGAGGAGCAGGGCCUGAUGAUGAAGCCUCCCCACGGGCAGAGCGGACCUGACAAGACGGGCGAGCCGCAGAAGAUGACGCGGUGUCUCAGCGACCCGGGGCCCAGCGCGGACGAGGAGGAGGACGAACCCUUCCUGCCGUAGAGCGGCGCCGCGGCUGUGGAGGGAUCCUGCAGCGUGGCGAGAGGAGA